GCUCUCUCUCUCUCUCUCUCUCUCUCUCUCUCUCUCUCUCUCUCUCUCUCCCUCCCUCACCAGCAAUCGCAACCACUGCCUGUUGGGAGGCCGUGUGCCGGGAGCCUCAUGGAGAAGAAGCUGCCUUUCAUCUGUGGCAUUGUGGAAGGUUUCUAUGGCAGGCCAUGGUCCAUGGAACAACGGAUGGUGCUGUUCAAAUGGAUGCAGAAGUGGGGGCUAAAUGUUUACAUGUAUGGCCCCAAAGAUGACCUGAAGCACCGACUGUUGUGGAGGGAGACCUACUCGGUGGAGGAGUCUGCCCAGCUCAAAGCCUUGGUGUUGGCUGCGCAGGACUGCGGGGUUGAGUUUGUGUACGCGAUCUCGCCGGGACAGGAUAUCACCUUCUCCAGCUCUUGUGACCUGACCUUGUUGAAGCAGAAACUGAGGCAGGUCAAGGGCUUUGGGUGCAUGGCUUUUGCCAUCCUCUUCGAUGACAUCGACCAUACCAUGUGCCCCACCGACAAAGAAGCCUUCAGCUCGUUCGCUCAUGCUCAGGUUUCAGUGUCCAAUGAGAUCUACCAGUACUUGGGGGAGCCUCCGGUCUUCUUGUUCUGUCCGACUGAGUACUGCGGUUCCCUGUGCUACCCUAGUCUCAACAUGUCCAACUACCUGAAGAUCAUAGGGGACAACCUUCACCCUGGCAUCGGGAUCAUCUGGACAGGCAGCACAGUUAUCUCCAAGGAGAUCUCUGCUGAAUCGGUGGCGGAGGUUCAGGAGGUCAUUAAGCGUCGGCCGCUGAUAUGGGACAACCUUCACGCCAACGACUAUGCCCAGCGACGGGUGUUCCUGGGACCGUACAAAGGACGUCCCUCCAGCCUGGUCUCCAAGCUGCAAGGCAUCUUGCUCAAUCCCAACUGUGAACUUGAGGCUAACUACGUGCCCAUCCACACCCUGGGCACCUGGUACAAGUGUGGCCUGCGGGCAGCAGAGUCCAAUACUGAUGAGGGAGCUGAGACCUGCCAAAUGUACUGCCCCAAUGAAGCCCUGAAAUUGGCACUGGUUGACUGGUUAAAGGAAGUCAACAGACCUUUGUGCCCAAGCAGACAGCUUCCAAAGGAAGAAAGGGCGGGAGGGCUGGUGAUCCAACCCACUGAAGAAGUUAUUCUAAAUGGGAAGGUUGAACCAGACACGAGGAAGCCGGGAGUAAACUCUGACCCACAGGCUCGACAGAAUGCAUUGAAGGAGUCAGUAAAGGCAGGAGAGACCCCGCCGUCACGAGACCAGGGACACGAGGGUUCGGAGGUCAGCGGCAGCCAAUGCCCUGUGACAGUGGUUAGCCAGGAGGCGGAGAGCGAGGAUCCUGGACCCAGGGAGUCUGGGACCCAGAAUGCACCGGAGGCUCCCGGGAACCUGGAGGAGGAGUUGGCAGGGAGCAGCCGGUCGACCGACAGGCUCCCAGAGCCGGUGAGAGCCGGGGACGGAUCGACCGAGGUGGCCGACGGGACCCGAGCUGCGGGCAGCCCCGGGCAGGUCAAGGGAGGGGGCCGCCAUUCCCCUGAUCUGACCCUGGAUGACCUGCGGCUGAUGGUGGACCUCUUCCACCUGCCGUACGAGCAUGGCGAGGAGACAGCACGCAGGCUGCGGGAGUUUCAGUGGCUCAAGGCCAACACAGACUAUGUGAGUGCCAACACCAAGAUGGACAGCCAGAAGGUGGAGGAGUGGAGAGCACGCGCACAAGUGUUCCAGCUCUGGUGCGACGGGAUUGUCCAACUCUACCGGCAGUUCAUGAGAAGCUCCAACAGGGCGAUCGUCUACGACCUCUACCCUUACCUCUGGGACAUCAGGAACACACUCCUCGUUGUCAAAACCUUUGUGUUGUGGCUGGAUGGCCGUAUUGAGAAGAACACCUACUCCUUUAACUCUUGGAUGAACUGCUUCCAGUGGUGCCGUACCAACAAUGCUCCGGUUGUCUUAGGAACAGAGGGAGAGCCUUGGAUUUACAGAGGAGGGCUCGUGGGAGAGUUUCAGAUGAUGCUUCCAAUCACAAGUAGCAGUGAGCUCUUUAACCAGCCUCCUCCGAUCUUCCCCACACUGAAGGCAUACACCAUUAGACCCUUUGACCAGAAGGACAAGAGGGCGUUGUAUUCCAUGUGCUUGGAGAGCCACAUCUGCAAGACGCAGGAGAAGGAUCACGCAAGCUGCCACCCUGACCUGGUUGGAGACAGGUUCCUGGGCCAUUUCCUGACGUUAUGCCCGGAUUACUGCUUUGUGCUGGAGGAUGAGCAUGAAGUGUGCGGCUGUGUAUCCGGAGCCUUAGAAGUCAAGGCAUUCCUGAAGGGGACUGAAGCAGUUUGGCUUCCUGCCAUGCAGGAGAAAUACUCCAAACCUACAGCUCUCGAGAGCCUAACUCCGACUCAGGAGCUGAUGAUGUUUUUCUACAGGAAGACCGCCACCUUCUCUGACUCCUUGCUCUACCACUUCCCUUCCCUUAUCCAAGUGGAUGUUCAUCCGAAGAUGUCAGAUCCCAGCGAGGCUCGGAAUUUAGUUAUCUGCGUAUUAUCUGCACUGAAAGCUAACGGUUCCCAGGGAGUGUUCUGCGAACUGAAGGCCACUGACAAGAAGGGUUUGGAGUUCCAUCUCAGCCUGGGCUUCCUGGAGCUCCCGGGAGCCGAGGCAUCGACGCCGCAGGGGGUGAUCCUCGGCAGACUCCUGUAACCUUGCCCGCUUGCUCCGAUGUUGACUGGGUUGCUCUCCCAGGGCUGUGGUGAGAACGGGGUUGAUCUUCAUUUGCACAUUUGCCCGUUGCAGCCAGGAGCUGGUGCCUGGCUGUUCCGGGUCACAUCCCGUCCCACCGUAACACUUACUAAAAUCGUCUUCCUCUUCGCCACUGGGAGACUUGCUGGUCCAUGUAUAGAUUAGGCCCAUGGUCUGAACAUGAGACGCCUGCUGAUCCCAGGAGUGCACUGAACAGUGAGAGCCGCUAUACUUGCCUAUCUGCUUAUUGGGGGUGGGGGGGGGGUGGAUUUGGUGAGAUCUGAGGCCUCCUCUUGGUGGAGGCAGAGACCAGGGAUCAUAAAUCUGCCUCCUUUGCCCACUGCGCUCUUGCCAAGGGAAGUCGGAGCACUCUGAGUGCAAGGCCACGGAGAGUUGGACUCCGUUGUUAUGUCUGUACCUCCAGCUGCUGCGCUGAGUAACCAGAUUGUCUCCGUGUUGCUUGUCUUUGGAAUAACUAAGCCACAUCGGCCAGGUCGAAAGUAGUCUGGAGAACCAAGAGACUGCAAACGCUGGAAUCUGGAGCCAAAAGCAAACCGCUGCAGGAACUCCUCAUAUUCUGCCUGGGCAGUCAUAGAGCACUACAGCACAGAAACUGGCCCUUCAGCCCAUGCCGACCUGACUUUCUGUCUUGUCCCAUUUACCUGCACCCAGACCAUAUCCCUCCAAACCUCUCCCAUCCAUGCACCCAUCCAAACCUCUCUUAAAUGCUACAAUUAUAGAACACUGAACAUAGAACACUACAGCAUGUUGUGCCGACAUUUUAUUCAGCUCUAAGAUCGAUCUAACCCUUCCCUCCCACAUAGCCCCCCAUUUCUCUAUCAUUCAUGUGCCUAUCUAAGAGUCUCUUAAACGUCUCUAAUGUAUCUGCCCCCACAAUCUCUGCCGGCAGUGCGUUCCACGCACCCACCACUCUGUGUAAAAAAACUGUCCUCUGACAUCCCCCUUAUACCUUCCUCCAGUCACCUUAAAAUUAUGUCCCCUCGUGUUAGCUAUUUUCGCCCUGGGAAAAAGUCUCUGACUGUCCACUCGAUCUCUGCUUCUUAUCAUCUUGUGCACCUCUAUCAAGUCACCUCUCACCCUCCUUCUCUCCAAAGAGAAAAGCCCGAGCUCCCUCAACCUAUCCUCAUAAGACAUGCUCUCCAAUCCAGGCGACAUCCUGGUAAAUCUCCUCCGCACCCUCUCUAAAGCUUCCACAUCCUUCCUAUAAUGAAGCGACCAGAACUGAACACAAUACUCCAAGUGUGGUCUAACCAGAGUUCUAUAGAGCUGCAACAUCACCUUGCAGCUCUUGAACUCAAUACCCCGACUAAUGAAGGCCAACACUCCAUAUGUCUUCUUAACUGAACCUGCAUCGACCACUUCCGUUGGCAGCUCGUCCCACACUUGCACCACCCUCUGAGUGAAGAAGUUCCCCCUCAGAUUCCCCUUAAAUAUUUCACCUUUCACCUAUGACCUCUAGUUCUAGUCUCACCCAACCUGAGGGGAAAAAACCUGCAUGCAUUCCCCCUAUCUAUACCCCUCGUAAUUUUGUACACCUCUAUGAGAUCUCCCCUCAUCCUCCUGCGCAGUCCACAACUCGACGGCACGGACAUUGAAUUCUCCAAUUUCAGCUCCCCCUCUGCCCCUUUUCUCCAUCCUCCUGAUCUACCCAGUUCCCCCUACACCCACCCCAGCCCCCGUCACCCUGUUUCUAUCCCCUCCCCCCCACCCCAUCGGCCCAUCGCCCCAUUGGUCCCCCCUGCCCUCCCCACCUCCCUCCCUUUAUUCCAGGCUCCACCUUCCUCUCCUAUCAGAUCCCACCAUUUGCAGCCCUCCACCCAUCACCUCCCAGCCUCCAUCGCCAUUCCCCCUCCCCCCAUCUGUCAAUCACCCCUCCUCACCUGGAUCCACCUAUAACCAUAGAACAUAGAACAGUACAGCACAGAACAGGCCCUUCGGCCCACAAUGUUGUGCUGACCUUUAAACCUCGCCUAAGAUGAUCUAACCCCUUCCUCCCACAUAUCCCUCUAUUUCAAACUCCUCCAGAUGCUUAUCUAGUAAUCUCUUGAAUUUGACCAACGUACCUGCCUCCACCACCGCCGCAGGCAGCGCAUUCCACGCCCCAACCACUCUCUGGGUAAAAAACCUUCCUGUGAUAUCUCCCUUGAACUUCCCACCCAUUACUUUAAAGCCAUGCCCUCUUGUAUUGAGCAUUGGUGCCCUGGGAAAGAGGCGCUGGCUGUCCACUCUAUCUAGCCAGCUGCCAGCUCUUCCUACACCCCUUCCCUCCACCUCUUUAUCGUGACCAUCUCCCCUCCAUUCUCUCAGUCCAGAUGAAGGGUCUCAACCUGAAACAUCGACUGUCCAUUCCCCUCCACAGAUGCUGCCUGACCUGUUGAGUUCCUGCAGCAGUUUGUUUAUUGCUCCAGAAGGUGAGCUGGUGUGGUUUCUGAUACGGGCUGGCAAUCCAGUCCAGGCACAUGAAUGCUCAUGAAGAGGCCAUUCAGCCCGUCGAGCCUGCACCUGCCUUUCAGUCAGAUCACGGUUCUUAACCCCCUCUGCCAUGUUGGAUUUGUCAAUCCCAACACCCUUGUCUGACAAAGAACCACGCCAGUCUCAGCCUUUGAAGUCUCCACUGAACCCCAGCUUCAGCACUUGCUGACAGCACCCCUUCACCAUGGAAACAAAACCUGGUGCAUUAUUGUCCGUAGUCCCGCAUUGUACUAGAAGGUGGGAAGAAUCUGGCAGCCAGCCAUCAAUUGUGCAGCCAUCUCACAGCUCCCAGUGACCCGGGUUCAAUCCUGACCUCCGGCGCUGUCUGUGUGUAGAGCCUGCUCGUUCUCCCUGUGACUGCAUGGGUUUCCCCCGGGUGCUCCGGUUUCCUCCCACAUCCCAGAGAUGUGCAGGUUGGUGGGUUAAUUGGCCACUGUAGGUUGUCCUGAGUGUGUGGGUGAAGGGUAGGAUCCGGGGGAAGUUGAUGGGACUGUGAGAGAGAGAAUAGGUUAUAGGGAAAUAGGAUUGUUGGGAAUGUGCUGGGGCUGGCAUAGAUUAGAAGGGUUGAAUGGCCUUUUAUGUCUUGAGGAAUUAUGAUAAAUCCUACGUUGAAUAAAUCUCAAACGUUGGCCACACACUGGGAUGGGAUGAUUGCACCCUCUGUGGAUUGGUCCUUCUUAGAUUUAACUGGAAGGUGUCUUUGCAAACUCGGUGGGUGAGUUUUCAAUGUUUGCUCUCCAGGCUCUUUGUUCCGUGAGUGAAGAGCUGCCACCAAUUUGUGGUUUUGGUGAACUUCCACCACAGAAGCUGACUGGACCUACUGGUACACACUGCUUUUCCCUGCAUCCCAGUCCCCUCUCCCUCAUAUGUUGACCCAACUUCCCCCUCAACUCACCUCUACUGCUCACCCCAACCUCUCCCUGUGGGAGUGAGUCCCACACUCUCCCCACCUUCAGGGAGCGGAGUUUCCCUGUGUUGAAGUAUUCCACUUGGAAACCCUGCUGGGAUUCUGAUGGAAUGGCUCCAGUGGGGCAGUUGGGGACUCUGCUGGGAUGGAUGGCGAUUCUGCUGGGAUGGAUUGGGUUCUCUGCUGGGAUGGAUUGGGUUCUCUGCUGGGAUGGAUUGGGUUCUCUGCUGGGAUAGAUGGGGAUUCUGCUGGGAUGGAUUGGGUUCUCUGCUGGGAUGGAUGAGGACUCUGCUGGGAUGGAUUGGGGACUCUGAUGUGGCUGCGCUGGGAGGUGAGAGACUGUGAAAAGAUAGUCUGAAAAGCCAAAAGUUCUGGGAACCAGACAGAGCAACCUUCCUGGUAGCUAGAAUGAUAGGUUGUGUGUUUACAAACCAGGUAUUAAAAGCUAAUUAGUGUUUGCAAUGCGUCAUCAUCACAUCUACUGGAGGAGAUUAAAGAUGUUCUACUGUACAUACAUAACUGUUACCAAACUGUUUGCUUGUUAAUUGCUUAUUUAAUAAACGCUUCGUAAUUUAAAACUUAGCCUAUCGUAAAAUUG